AGCUGCGCAGCGUGUGGGAUCAAUUGCGGCGCAGUGGUCACCGUAGUCCUUGCCACAAGUACAAUUUACAUCGAACGACGGUAACAUCCCCGUCUGGUAGCUCUCGCUUUCUAUCCAGCGCGCUGAUUGCGACUGUUAGCAGAGGACUUCGUCAGGCUUGCCCCUGUGACUGGCACAGAGCGUUCAUCGAGCACAGCGUCGUAACACCGGGAAACGACGGCCUGACAAUCCCAAAUCCACCUUUUCAUCAACAGUACCAACGAUGGUUGUUCUUACUGAGAAGGAUAUUGUCCCUCCACCACCUUACUUUGCUAUCGAGAACGACGACACUCACCCUUCAUCGAAGCUCUACUCUACUUCUGCUCGAGCAAUCUCCCGAUCCACUUCUUCGGUGGCCCUUGCCUCGUCCUCGUCUCAAUCGCACCUUGGCAGAAGACCGCGGAAAACAGCUCCGUCGCUGCCAUCUCACGUCCUGCUUCUUAUCGUCUAUUCUACGCUUCCUCGACUGGGAGAGUACAGAUAUAAAUUCGUCGUUGAAAAUGGCAUAAGGACGAAAGUGCAAGAGAGGGAGAGGGAAAGUAACGAGGAAUUUGCUGUCAGAACGACAAGAACACUUUACUGGAUGGCAUUUUGCUUGAGAAGUGUCAGUAGGGGAUUCUAUCUUGCUGCAAUGCAUAUACUAAGGUCGACGUUCCUACCGCAUUACAUGCAACGCGUCCGUCCGCCUUAUUCGUCUGAUCCGUUCCCGCAUACAUCACUGUCUUCACAUCGUCCUGGCGAUCCCUCAAGUGCAAGGUCGGGUGCACAUGGAACACAAACAUCUAUAUCAGUUGUCAGCUCCAUGCAAUGCGAGUCUGAGGUACUCGACAGGUACAUUCUCCACCAACUGCACGAAGACGUCUUCGCAGACGACUCGAGCCUAAAUCUCGCUCAUCCUGAGAGACUUCGCGAUCUAUUUGACUUCAUGCAGCCCCGAGCAAGAUUGAUGGACCUUGUACGCAUGUACGGGGUUGGUGCAGGAUUGAUCAGUUUAUCGGAUUCGGACGCCGACGCUGAGAUCGAGUCUGCCAUCGGAACGGCAAGUUUCAUGGCAGAUACCCGCGAGAACGAAUGUCGAAAGGGCAGCUCACUGACAGGGAUGAACCUCAAGGCAAAGAUGGCUCGAUCAACGUCCACACUCACGCUCGUCAAUUCUCCGCCUUCUCCAAGCCCGUCCUCUACUUCAUACGCGAAGAGUUACACUUACUCUCCUCCUUCCUUACGUAUACCAAGUUCCUCGAUCCGUCAACAACAAAGAAGGAAGAAGAUCCCAUAUCCCGCUCUACGCAUCUUCUUCUCUCCUAGACAAGUUGGACUUAUCUAUACUGCCCCUCCUUCGAAUAUUGGGACUUCCACGCGGGCAAGUACGAGUGCGCCAAGAACGAUCGUUAACCUUGCUCGUACACGCGAAGAAUCGUUAGAGAGGUCUGCGAGUCGAUUGGUGAUGGGGUUGAAGGCUUGGAUGGAGGGUCAUGCGUGACCAGAUGCGACUUUUUUCUUAUGGAGUUUUCAAGUUUAAUUGUUAAAUUUGCAUGUUGUGCUUUGUUAUUGUUUUAUUUUGCUGUAUACAUGUGUAGGAAAGUAUCGUUUUUGUUUUAGAGGAUGAAUAAAC